UGAUAGCUAUUUGCUUCACUUGUUUCUCUUCUCAUCCACAAUUGCCAAACUAUCACAAACACGUUGCGAAUAUGUACAUAAACGCCCACUACAUCGUCCACAGGCCGACCUCUAGUCACACUCCGCUCUUUCUGAAUUGCAAGAUCGUACCUAGUCAUGUAUCACGACAGCCCUGAAUCCGACGACGGCGCCCAGCUAACCCGCGAUGCCCUCCAAAGCCACACUCAGGCCCAUCCUGCUCAAGCCAGUCACGCUGGAGAUAGCUCCUCCCACGACUCCGAAAACACACAAAGCGGUGCCGACCCCACUCAGGCCAAUCCUACUGGAGUUCCGAACGAAGAUGAAGAGAGUCUCCUCUCAGUAGCAGGCUCAACCAUAUCCUCCCUAGGGCCUGACUCCAAUGCGUCCGCGACAGUCGAAGACCUGGACCAGCUCCAUGGAAGCGACCAGUUGCAAGCCCCUGACCCUCCUCAUUCCGAAGUCGAGCUUCAGACUUCACGACUGCCUGCAGAUCGACUUCUAGCGCUCGCCAUUGCCGCAAGCUACGUAUCCCGACCUUCUGGAGAUGGAGAUGCACGUCCGAGAGCCACUGAACCGCCGCAACACCCUCCGGCUGCUGAGAGCCACGUUCAACCGAAUACAAGCACAGGAGCGGUACUACCCGCGACUACUACAGACAGCGCGGCAUCAUCUGCACCCCUCCGGCGCGAGCAGGACACGCUCAGACGCACGGACGAUGUCGGUGCAGGAGAAACGCCAGACCAGCGCGAUGCCGGCCGAUACCGAGCCCGUACAAACGCCACAGCACAACUAUUACCAAUACUAAGUCUUAAUCCCCAGGCUUUCUCUACUACACAACCCACUGCUAACCGGUUCCUUACAGCCAGACCUUAGGGCAUUCGCUGCUCAUUACCGUGCACGGCUAGAGGAAAUACAACAAGAACGGGAUCGCAGUCUCUCAAGCAUUGCUCCCUCGUACGCACCUGGCGACGAACACGUCGGCCAUGACUGGUCUCC